CUGGAAAAAUACAAAUGAGUUGAGUCGAGAGAGAAAAAACGGAGAGAGGAAGAAGGGUGGUAUACUAACUACAAAGCUAACUACUCUUGAAAAGUAAUGAAUCAGCAAGGCUGUAACAGAAGAACUGAAAUGCAGUGUGAUUAACGGAGAGAGGAAGAAGGGUGGUAUACUAACUACAAAGCUAACUACUCUUGAAAAGUAAUGAAUCAGCAAGGCUGUAACAGAAGAACUGAAAUGCAGUGUAAUUUUGUUGUGAAGAUGCUACUUUCCCUGAUAUUUUCUAUUAAACCUUGUUAUGCCGCACUGACAGUGAAUACUGAAAAUUCAGUUACUGCUUAUCGGGGCUUCAAUGUUCUCCUUGGUUGCAACUUCACAACUGAAAAAGAAAUUAAAUUAGACAACCUGCAAGUUGCAUGGAAUCUUGAAAAUACGGAAGUGUUAAAAUUUGAUGAUAGCGUGUCAUGUAACAGGACAGGAGCAAAACUUUUUAUGGAUGAGCUGGCUAAAGGAAAUGUAUCAUUGUAUCUAUCCAACGUUCAGGAUGCUGACCAAGGGGUUUAUACGUGCAGAGUGCUGCAUGCCCCAGAAAUAGCAGAAGGGACAGUCAAUUUAACACUUAAAGAUGCACCAAUAACAGAAGCUCCAAGACAACCCAUAGCACCUGAACAUAAGAGGAUGUAUAGCAAAUAUCCUACUCUGUGGGCAGAAAAUGGGAACAGCAACACAGGGCACCAGAUAAUUCCAGAAACUCUCAUAUUUUGGACAGCACUGACAAUGACAUUUUUGCUUCAUAUGGCAGUACGUCAUCCUCUUUGAUUGAGGAUGAGAUUGUUUCACUUCUGCUGGUAAAGAAGAAUAGAAUCACUGCAAAAGAACUGAACACCAAGAGAGAAGCUCAUUCCUAUACAUUUCCACUGAAUGGCUGAAUUGGUGGUUAACUAAAGCGUAUAUAAGAUUUAUACUAGAUAUAAAUAUAUUUGUCAAAUACAUUUCAUUAAUUUUGUAGUUAUGCACCAGAUCUGUUUUACAAACUACAGCAUGCCAGCUACUGUAGGAAAUUUAUACAUUUUUUUUUUUGGAAAAAAAGGUUGCAUCUAGUGAUGUAAGAGUAGUUUACUUAUGGUAAAUCCCUGAAUUUAAGUUUCAUCAAAUAAACAUAAUCAUUAACUAA